GUCGAUCGUGUGUACUGAUUCGGGUUCGAGCAUCGAGGCGUUACCGUAGUUACUCUGCGUGGGUGGGGAGACUCCCGCCAUCAGAAGAAAGGUGCUGCCCUUGGCCGAAGUCGGGUUGCACAAGUGAGAAACAAAGAACCGGAACCCGCGGUGGAACCGUCCAACCAGAAACCUCGCCCGCGGUUCACCUUGGUAUCGCGAUGCGGAUCUUUGUUGGCAGCAGAAGCAGCCCUGUUAUUACUUGCUCGCAUCGAAAGUGAAAUUGUCCGCUUCGAACGGUGGAGGUGGAGGGAGAGCAAGAAAGGAAGAAAAAUUCUCAUCGACUGUGGUCCCAGUGUGUGGGUCUUGCCGGGUUCAUUGUCUCCCUGAUCACUGUAGACACCGACGGAGACCUUUGCCGAUGUUGUUGCAUUGAGGAACCUUAGCGAAAAAAUAACCUUUUGAAUGGCUUUCGUUUUAGUGCAACAAGCAUAGGUGGUAGUUAUAGUAAAAUGAUAAUGUGAAAUCUGCCAUCAAAGAAGUAUAAAAAUUUCGCUGCGGUGCAAGCAGAUGGAAACGCUUUGUUUUUUUUUUUAUUUCGUGUAAUAUUCAUUAAAAGUGAAAUGAUACAAUGCCAAAAAUAUGACCUAAUUGCAUAACAGGCAGAGAGGGUCCAAGCGUGAAGUGUUUUUUUUUUUUGGGGCUACCAGUUGGCCAAUUCAAUUGGGCCGUCUUCACAAAUUAACAACAAAAGAAAGAAAAACCUAGAUUCGGCUGUUAUGCUGCUUUAGUAGGGUUUUGUCGUUUUUUUUUUUCUUUCUGUUGCUACUCAUGCAGCCACUUUCGUAAUUUCGGAGAAGUAGUUACUGGUGAAGAGGCGGAGAAAUGACGGGUCUUUCGCCGAAGUACCAUUGCAGUGAGAUUUCCCAAGCGAUAUGUUCGCGUAAUCAUGAUGUCAGCAGUAAACGUGCACGUGUUUCCCGCUACGGACGACGAAGGAGUUCGGUUGGAUGUGUCUCAUUGGUUGUGGUGUUGUGUUUAGGAAUGAUACUGGCCGAAAGGACUCCAUCGCCGCAACAAGAGCAGGACAUCUUGAUAUUGGAAGCACUCGGAAAACGUCAAACGUUCAACAACAAUAAUGUGGAUUAUGGGCCAAACUCUUUAAUGGAAUUGCUAGGGAGAAUGAUCCCGCAGACAUGUCGCUACAAGGGUCGAAAAUUCGAAUGCGGCCUGUCGAUCUCGUGCGUCCUGGGCGGUGGAAAACCGAUCGAUCUCUGUUCCGGCGGUAUGAUAUGGUCCUGCUGUAUCGAUCGAGAUCUGCAGCCGGACGUGGAUCCGGAACAGGGAGCUGUGCAUAAUGCCAGUGACAUAAUAAAUCUGUUCGACUUCUAUCCGUCGUCACCGUCAUCGUCGUCUUCGUCAGCUUCAUCUACUUCACCGCAUUCCGGUGGUCACUUAGGUCGUCCACCCCAGACGAAUCCGCCUCAAACGGCGCUCUAUUCUAACAACGGCAACUACAAUACGAAGCCGUCCUAUCACCAGCACUAUCCGGUAAGCAGCACAACUCCGCCCGAAUGGGGAUACGACAGUAAUCAGUUGGGCAACGGGUUAAACACACCAUUCGGGCAGCACCAUCGGCCGCAACAUCAUCACUUUUCCGGAGGAACUUUGCAUGACGAUUCCGAGCAUGGCCCUACAGCCAGUGCCAUCUACAGCGAGCGCCCGUUCACUUUCGGAACGAGACCUUCGACGGUAGGAUCCACUUUCAGCGGUACGGUUGGCAGUAACGGUCCACUGGUACAGCGACCUUCCUCCAUCUACAGUUACCUAGGUUCCAACCAGCAAGAAGACGAUGGAUAUGGAAUCGAAAACGGUUGCGGUGAGCUUUACACGAGAACCAAUCGCAUCGUUGGUGGCCACUCGACUGGAUUCGGUUCCCAUCCGUGGCAAGCGGCCCUCAUUAAAACUGGCUUCCUAACGAAGAAACUCAGCUGCGGCGGAGCGUUGGUCUCCAAUCGCUGGGUCGUGACGGCUGCUCACUGUGUCGCUACCACCCCAAACAGCAACCUGAAAGUGCGGCUUGGCGAGUGGGAUGUUCGAGAUCAGGACGAACGGUUGAAUCACGAGGAGUACAGCAUCGAACGGAAGGAGGUGCAUCCCAGUUAUUCGCCGAGCGAUUUUCGCAACGAUCUCGCGCUGGUAAAAUUAGACCGCAAAGUAGUCUUCCGGCAGCACAUUCUUCCCGUUUGUCUACCACCGAAGCAGACCAAACUGGUUGGCAAAAUGGCCACCGUUGCCGGUUGGGGUCGGACGAGGCACGGACAGAGUACAGUUCCUUCGGUGCUACAGGAAGUUGAUGUCGAGGUGAUACCAAACGAACGCUGCCAACGGUGGUUCCGGGCAGCCGGUCGACGAGAAACCAUUCACGAAGUGUUUCUGUGCGCCGGUUACAAGGAAGGCGGCCGUGACAGCUGCCAGGGAGAUUCAGGCGGACCGCUGACGUUGACCCUGGACGGCAGGAAAACACUGAUCGGACUGGUUUCGUGGGGAAUCGGAUGCGGACGGGAGCAUCUGCCCGGUGUGUACACCAAUAUUCAAAAAUUUGUGCCUUGGAUAGAGAAAGUGAUGGGCAAAGAGUUUGCGUAGUGCGAGCCUGUCAUUCGUCGUUUCGUUUAAGGGGAUGGAUACUUCCUUGUACAUAGUCAAUUAAGAGAGAGAGAAAGAGAAAUGUUCAAUGAUUUAGCAAGUAGUUGAUUGUACGUAUUGAACAGUAACUUCAGAGUUGCGUGCUCUUACCCUAUUCAUUACUUCGGUAGUUGUGCAAUUGCAACUCUUGGUAGCAUUUUAAUUUUUAAGAUACAAACGCAGAAUGAUAGUAAUUUAUUAGUAAUUUAUUUUAAUUACUUUUACCGUAUUUGAAGGUUCGGUUUCGUAAAUGUACGAAUGAAAUAAUAAACACUAUUUUUAAAACCGAUAGAAGUGUAUUCGUUUCAAAACAAAAUAAAUUUUGUUAAUCUUUUUAGUCGAGUCGUUCCAAACAGACCUCGUUUUGCUCCUAAAAUUCAAUAUCACAGUAAAAUUAAAGCGCAAAGUUUUUUUUUCAUCUUAUUCUUUGAAACAUAUAAAUGAAGUCCCUGCACACCA